CCCCGCUAAAGGGCAGGCUCGGACGUGCGCGCAGCCACGCGACCCCGCACAGGCGGGGCGGGCGCUGCCGGGAGGACGGAAGUGAAGUGCGCACGCCGACAGCAUGGCGGCCGCGCGCUGGUGGCGUCUGUGCGGGCGCUGGCGGUCUGCGGUCACCGGGCCCGCCCUGGGCCCCGCGCGGCGCCGCCUCUGGGCCCCCGCCGCCGCCGUCCCGGCCCCGCUGGGCUCCGUGCCGCCGCCCCGCGCCUCCUUCAGCGCCGGCCCGCGCUGGCACCAGCGCAGCCCUGGUGGUCUGUCGGGGGGAGAUGCACUGGAAGGCGGCGGGGAGGACAGCGGCGGCGGCGGUGGUGGUGGCGGGGCGGACAGCGGCGGGACCGGGCCGGUCAUAACGGCGUUGACGCCGCUGCUCGUCCCGGAGCAUUUCCCCAACGUCCCGCUCAUCGCCGUGACGCGCAACCCCGUAUUCCCGCGCUUCAUCAAGAUCAUUGAGGUGAGCUGCCCUCGGGCCCGGGGCUCGGCUCUGCCGGCCCGGCCUGGGCGGAAGCUGCCGCGAGGUGCCGGGGGCGCGGCGGGAGGUGCUGUGGGCUGGCUUGCGGAUCGGCCGGAGGCGGCUCAGCCCAGCCUUGCGGCCUCGGGCGGGGGUCCCGGGAUGGUAUCACCCCAGCCCAUGCGGGGGUCACCAGCUGAGCCCGCCGCUGGCGGUGCCGCAUCUCCGGGCCGCUCUCUUUGCCUUGGUAGGUUCCUUGACCUGCAGAGCAAGGCUGCCGCGUGCGUGACCUCCGCGGGCAGCCACUGCUCGGCCUUUGGCUCGAGCUUUGUAACCGAGUCCUGUCGGGAUAACGGUUCCUUUUGGGCCAGUUGA